CACUCGUCCCCGGCUUGGCCAUGAACAAUAAGGAGCGCUCGAGACCCGCGUCGGCCAGCAACUCCCUGACGAGACAGAAGUCCAUCAAUGGCCUCAGUCCUGCGCCGCUGCCUAGAGAUGCGUCAAUUGCGCGCACCGCAAGAGCCGACUCCAACCCGAACGACGACCUUGACCAUGACCCUGACCCUGACCAUGACCGCGACCCCGAUGACGACGAUCCACUCCAUAUUUCUCUAAAGGCCUGUUACGAUGCCUCGCAAUCCAAGAUUGCCCAGCUCUUCUCGCGCCAUGCCCUGCCGCUUACCUCAUCUGGUUCUUCUGACCACGCCAAGUCUUCGGAGGAUGUGCGUAAAAAGCUCGAGCAAGACAAAAAGGCGGCCGAGGACGCGGCGCGAAAGAGUUUCCAUAUCAUGUUCUUUACUCUCGAGGCGGAUCGAGACGCUAUGAUGGAGCAGCAGAAACUCGACGAUCUGGACAGGCAAGUCGAGAACGAAAUGUCUGGCGCAUCCAAUCCUGCCCCAACCUCUGAUCCCUCGGGCAUCCAACAAGGUUCUCUCAGCACGGCCGAUCUUGGUGCAUCAAGCUUAACCUUGAAGAAUCUCAUCGCCCGUAUAGACGCUAAACGAACCAUGGUCAAUGCAAACGACACCCAACUGCGUACUCUUAUCAGUGAAGUUCGCAAAGGACGUAGCAAAUGGGCCAGUGAGGAAAAGAUUGGUCAGGAGGAGUUGUACGAGGCUGCCGAGAAGGUCCUGAUGGAGCUGAAAGCAAUGACCGAAUACUCGACUCCUUUCUUGCAGAGGGUGAACAAAAGAGAUGCUCCCGACUACUUCCACAUCAUCAAGCAGCCCAUGGACAUCGGCACCAUGAUAAAAAAGCUCAAGAGCUUUUCGUACAGAUCAAAAAAGGAAUUUGUCGGGGACCUGAACCUGAUCUGGGCCAACUGUCUCACCUACAAUGCCGAUCCCGCUCAUCCACUGCGCAAAAAGGCCUUGUACAUGCGCAAAGAGACUGACAAACUGGUACCUCUGAUCCCCGACAUUGUCGUCAGGGACAGAGCAGAGGUUGAAGCAGAGGAGAGACGUCUACAAAAUCUAGAUGUUGAUCUCGAGGGAGGAGAGGACAGUGACGAUGCACCAGGCAAAAGCAAGAAAGGACAGUCCAAUACCACACGACAAACGACUCCUGGUGCACCCGAAGGCACCCCGGCUGCCGAGUCCAAGCCUGCGAUCCACGCAUCAGCAUCUAGCCUGCGUAAUGAGUUUCUCCAGCCCGAUCUAGACGUUCAUGCUGAAGCCAGUUCAAAUGGAUUUUCCACACCGCCUCCUCCUGGAACAGCCACUCCACUUGGUAUGAACGGGUUGAGUCAAGCUGAUUUGAUGGAAGUGGACGGUGUCGGAAACUCAAUUGCCGUCAGCUCACAGAUCGAGGACCUGGAUGAGGAUGACGCCGAGUUCAAGACUUGGAAGCAAGUCACCAAGAAAGAUAGAGCUAUGGCAGCUGCCGAGAGGAACCGCCUGUUCCGCGGUGACCAUCUCAAUCCCGAUGAACCAGCGUUGCUACGCACGAAAGCAGGAAUGCGAAGAUGGCUCCGUCAGCAGAAGCAGAUCUUGAUAGAACCGACCGGUGGGCAAUCGAGGUCCGACGGCGACGAACCGGAGCCGGACGCGAGCACCACAGGUGAAACUCUGGCCGAGAUUCAAAAGGAUCAAGAUCGAACACUCCCAGACUACUACGAUGUUCUGGCAGCAAUUCCAGAUCUGAACGAACAACUGAGAUGGACCGAAGAUUCUGAAGGUAAAGUAAUACCUCAGGUCGAGGAGUAUCUGCGCGUCUUUCCAAAGGAGCAGUUCACAUCCUCAGAGAGUGGCCUUACCAAACGGAUGGAAGCGAACAUGAGACAAAUGCAAGAGACUCGAAAAAUCUGCGCAAAGAUUGGCAUUGUCAAGCAGAUGCAAAUCCAAGCUCAGACCUAUCAAAAUCAGUUCCAGAAGUACGAUCCCCAGCCGUUUGUGGAACAAGAUAUCGGCGCUGUUGCUGUCUCGGAAGACGGUCCCAUCAUGUCACCAUGGGUCUGUCGUGCUGCCUUCCAGAGAGCCGUAGGGAAGAUUUUUUACCAUGCCGGUUUCGAAGACUUCCAGCCGUCCGCACUUGAAGCCGUCACAGACAUAGCCAGCGAUNUUUUUGGCAAGCUAAUCCGUACUUUCACUCUGUACAAUGAAGCGCCCAAAGAAGAGCUUGAGACUCACAGUUUCGGUGCCGAAGAGCAGGUCCUUCACAGUCUUCACAAGAACGGCCUGGAUUUGGAAUCCCUCGAAACUUACGUCAAGGACGAUGUCGAAAGAUUGGGAUCGAAAUUGGGUGUAGUGCAUGAACGCAUGAAGGCGCAUCUCGCCGACCUACUUGUGAGUCUCUGUCGACAUUCUACUGAUAAAGAUACUAAUCCAUGCAGCNGACCUGCUUUGGGCGAUAGUGUCGGUGCAGAUGGCGUUGGUGCAUUCAACGAUGGCAGCGAUCAGUUCACUAGUGGUGACUUUGCUGCCGAUGUCGAUGAGGAUUUCUUCGGCUUCAAAGAACUUGGUCUAGCCGACGAGUUUGGUCUGGAGAGUCUCAGCGUGCCCUUGCAUCUACUACAGAACCGCAUGCACAGCGCUUACCAGGCCAACCAUACCAGUUUGAUCACUUCAUCUGGUAUCGUGUUCUCUGUACCUACUCCUUACGAUCCGAUUUCGACAGACAACUUGCCUUCUCAGAUCGGAUUGGUUCAAGACUUCUUCGCAACCAAACUUGCGGCUAACCAAGGACGACCUUUGGUUGACGACGAGGAUUUGCCAACCAAGCAGCGCUUCCCUCGACCUCGUCUGCCACCUACUGGAAAGAUCAGCAGUCCAAGAAAGCGACCCAUUCGGGAGCAGCAACAAGCUGCGAAGAAGCGCAGAAAGCUUGAGGAGAACAAGGACGACAGUAAACUUGUGAAACCGAUCGGGCCUAUAAAACUGGCGUUGCCAGGAGCCAAAGACAAGGAUCCAGAACCGGAAAAAGAUCACGAAGGAAAGAAUGCCAUGAUGAGUCCGCCUGAAAGCAUUACGGCGAGU